UGUCCCUGAACUGACUGAUUCAUUUGAACAAUCAAAUCAAUUUUUGAUUUAACUGGCUAAGGAGUUUCAGAGACGAGCAAAUUUGUCAUGUGGUUCUCAUAUUAAUGCAUGUGGAAGCUUGGACUGGGUCUUUAACAUCAGUCCAGUUUCUCCGCAGAGCAGCAUUCUUACAGAGCAGGUUUAGAAUUUGUUGAGUUGGCUUUGUUUGCCGCUGCAUGCAUACUGAGUGCUUUCCUCAGUUCCCAAAUAUUUGCACCAAUUCUUGAGCAUAUUUGUCAGCUUCCUAUCUUUCUUAAUUAGUUGAGCUUUUUUCUGAUUGAUUGAUUAGAAGUAAAGAGGAGUAAUGUUUAAAAGAACUGAGGUGGCAUUGUUCUUUGUACAGAGGGAGGAGCUGUGGUUUGGUUUGUAUGAGGAAGUAUGUCAGAGUUGUUCAGGACAUAGAUGAGGGCUGUAAGACUGGUGAAAUGGGCUGUAGAUGUGACAGGUGGAGGUUGGGGUGCACCAAGGAUCAGCUAUAAGAACCCUCUGGUUUGCUGUGGUGAUGGAAGCUUGAAUGUCCUUCCUUCUGACAGUCUGCUCUGCAGCGAAGUAAACAGGUAUUUCACCUCUCAUCGUCUUUGUAUGCCUGAUUACUCUGAUAAAUCAGGUUUCUGAAUUUGAAUCUUUUGCUCUGAAGUGCAGACAAACUUUCGCUUUUGCUUUGUUAUAUUGACUGAAGCUCCGCCCACUCAUAAUCGCUGCAAAGGUUAAACAAUUGGCUAGGAUUGCACAGUAAAAAUGAAUAGAAUAAAAAUGAUUGAUUGUUGUCUGCAACGAAACAUCAAAAUCAUCCCUUCAGGGUUCGCCACAGCGAAUCGGCUUUCACCGAUUCUCACAGGUGGUUUUGGCAGAGAUUUUUACGCCACAUGGCCAUCCUGACACACCCCUGUAUUUGAUCGGGGGGGGCUCAGACAUGCAGACAUUACCCAAGGAGCCACAGUGGAUGAAGCUCAUGGCGGCCGUGGGAAUCUAAGCCUGGUUUCUCAUGUGCCAGUCCUGCGCCUUUCAAACAGAGCCAUGCUUCCAGCACUAAUUAUGUUCAAAUAUAGCAGGCAUGAAUGAACUCAGGUCUGAAAAUCAACAAUUCAGUUUUCACCAUGAAGCAGAAAUUCCUCGGUUCUCUCAGCACAAAGCCCAUCAGUACUGUAAGGGAGUGGACUGGCGUCAGAAGCUGGACUCUCAGAGAGGAGCCGUGCUGGCCACCGAGCUGAAGAACAACAGCUACAAACUGGCCCGCUGGACCUGCUGCGCCAUGCUGGCCGGAUCCGAGUAUCUGAAACUGGGGUACGUGUCCCGUUACCACGUGAAGGACUCGGCUCGCCACGUCAUCCUGGGAACCCAGCACUUCAAACCCAACGAGUUCGCCAGCCAGAUCAACCUGAGCAUGGAGAACACCUGGGGGAUCCUGCGCCGCAACCUGGACGAGGGCAAAUACCUGAUCCUCAAAGACCCCAACAAAAUGAGGCCGCGGGCACAGACAAGGAGGGGCGGGGCUACAGGCCGCUGGACUCACACGCUCUCCUUCCUGUGAACAGCAAGUGAUCCGGGUCUACAGCCUACCUGAUGGGACGUUCAGCUCCGAUGAAGAGGAGGAGGAAGAAGAAGAUGAAGAGGACGAAGAAGAAGAAGAUGAGGAAAACUGAAGAGAUUCACUUCAGCGGCCAAAUGAAUCUUCAAUGAACGAAAAUGAAAGAUGUCCUUUAAGCAAUUAAUAAAGGAAAAUAAUUAGAAAAACCCCA